UUGUUAUUCGUUUUUUACUUCACAUUGGUCUCUAUUUGAGGAUUUGAUCUAUAAAAUUUAGUUUUUCACAUUAACUGGGGAGGGCAGCAAUACGCCUUGGAAGCAUUUUAACUGCCGCAAAUCCCACAAGAAGAAGAAGGUGGCGAUGCAGAUCCAUCGUCCCUGUUUAAAACCAAGAGAAGAAGAAGCACCCAAACAACAUGCAUUACGCGCGUGUUUAUGACAGUCGCUAUAAUUUUGUUUCAUUAUGAAAGUUUAAUCUAAAAUGAUUUGGACUUUCAUUUUACUGUAACCCGAGCAGAUGGAUUUGAACAAGAUACACUACUUGACCAAGCAUGUAUUUCUAUGUAAAACUGCUUGGGGACGAUUGCCCAAAAUGCAUGUUCUUGGAAGAAGGUACAUGAACUUUGCAAAACCUAACUCGCAAUGUGUUGAAGUAGGUACCAGAUCACCCUACCCUAAACAACGUUUAAAUACUGAAUCUUUAAAGGCAAUAUCAUCGGUCCCAUGUCGUCAAGCAAGGGCUUUCUCUAUGACAGCUUGCAUAUUCAAGAGUAAAAAUCACAGUACAGAUCAGGACAGUCUACAGGAGGAGGAAGAUGAAAUUGAUGAGGCAGAAAUAGAAGAGCUGUUUCAACAACAGAUCCCCACAGGUGUUGGUGAAGAAGACCACCACAGAAUCUUCAUCGUUCAUCCUGAUGUGAAAUGGGGCAGCAGAAAACAAUAUCUUACCACAGCGGCACUUCAAAUGGAUGAGGCUGUAGGUCUGGUGAACACUUUGCAGAACUGGAGUGUUAUUGAAAAGAUUAUCCUCUCCACCAAGACACCAGAGAAGAAGAAAAUAUUUGGCAAGGGAAACUUUCAGACUCUCACAGAGAAGAUCAGAGCGACCGCUGGGGUCACAGCUGUCUUCGUGAACGUUGAGCGCCUUUCUCCGUCAUCCGAAAAAGAGCUACAGGAAGCCUGGGGAGUAAAGGUUCUGGACAGAUACUCACUUGUUCUGCAUAUUUUCCGCUGUAAUGCAAGAACUAAAGAAGCCAAACUGCAGAUCUCUUUGGCAGAGAUUCCUUUGCUCAGGUCACGGCUGAGAAAUGAAGUAGAAAAUUUAGAUCAGCAAGGGGGUGGCUCAAGGUACAUUAUGGGCUCAGGUGAAACCCUGUAUGAAGUGCAGCAGCGGUUGUUGAAGGAGAGGGAGCUGAAGAUCCGCUCGGCCCUGGAGCAACUUCGGAGGAAGAGGCACCUGCUCCGCUCCCAACGUAAACACAAAGAUUUUCCUAUAGUGUCAAUCAUGGGCUACACUAACUGUGGUAAAACAACUCUCAUUAAAGCACUGACCGGUGAUGCUGGUCUCCAGCCUAAGGACCAGCUCUUCGCCACUUUGGAUGUAACAGUACAUGCAGGACAGCUGCCCAGUCACAUGACUGUACUGUAUGUGGACACCAUUGGAUUUUUAUCCCAGCUCCCUCACCAGCUUAUUGACUCGUUUUCUGCCACCCUGGAAGAUGUGGCACAUUCUGACCUUAUCAUUCAUGUGAGAGACAUCAGUCAUCCCGAAACUGUUAAUCAAAAGGUGAAUGUACUGAAUGUACUGAAGAAUCUUCAGAUUCCAGAAAGAUUAUUCAACACCAUAAUAGAGGUGCACAACAAGAUCGACCUCAUUGAAGGAUACAGGACCAGUGAUCCUGAAGUUAUUUCUAUAUCAGCUCUUAAAGAGCACGGAUUGGAUGUGUUAACAGAAAAGAUUGAAGACGCUGUGGUAAGGUCUACUGGCAAACAAACAAUGACUCUUGUGGUGCAGCUCAACAGCCCCGAAAUAGCUUGGCUGUAUAAGGAAGCGACAGUUCAGGCAGUGGAUGAUGUGGGAGACGAUUGUACGGCCAACGUCAAGGUCAUUAUUAGCCAAGCUGCAUAUGGCCGCUACAGGAAGCUGUUCCGGGUCACCUAGCAACAGAUGGCUCC